AUGGCUUCGUUCGCCGACGCUCCCGCUGGGGAUGCGGCCAAGGGAGCCAAGAUCUUCAAGCUGAAGUGUGCUCAGUGCCACGUUGCAGAGAAGGGUGGCGGCCACAAGCAGGGUCCCAACCUCGGCGGCCUUUUCGGGCGCGUGUCCGGUAACGCGGAGGGGUUCAGCUAUAGCAAGGCCAACAAGGAGAAGGCGGUGGAGUGGAGCGAGAGCACCCUCUACGACUACCUGCUCAACCCCAAGAAGUACAUCCCAGGCACCAAGAUGGUGUUCGCCGGUCUGAAGAAGCCAGAGGACCGUGCUGACCUCAUUGCGUACCUGAAGGAUGCCACGGCCUGA